AUGUUGGAAGGCUUAGUCGCAAACCUGCUCAAUCGCUUUCUGGGCAUUUAUGUCAAAAAUUUCGACGCGAAGCAGCUCAAUAUCGGUAUCUGGUCUGGUGACGUCAAGCUUCGGAACCUGGAGUUGCGCCGAGAGGCACUUGAUCAAUUACGUCUACCCCUCAACGUCGUGGAAGGUCAUCUCGGCCAGCUCACUCUGUCAAUCCCAUGGUCGAAUCUGAGAGGGAAACCCGUCAAAGUCGAAAUCGAAGAUGUUUUUCUCCUGGCGGCGCCGAAGGAAGAUGCGGACUACGACCCAGAAGAGGAGGAGCGACGGGCCUACAACCUCAAAAUGGAGAAGAUCGAGAGUGCGGAAAUCCUCAGAGAGCGAAACUCUGAGGGUAUGAGCCAGGAGGAACAACGGCGCAACCAGAGCUUCACGCAGAGUCUGAUCACGGCGGUGGUGGAUAAUCUUCAGAUUUCUAUCAAGAAUGUGCACUUUCGUUACGAGGACUCGCUGGCUUCGCCUGGCCACCCCUUCGCUGUAGGGUUGACCCUCAAGGAGCUCAGCGCUGUCAGUACAGACUCCGAAUGGAACCCUACUUUCAUCCAAUCGACCUCGGAAACGACACACAAGCUCGCUACACUGGGCGCUCUUUCGGUGUACUGGAAUACCGAUGCAGAGCUUCUGGGCACCGGUAGAGGUUCCGACCUUGGCGCGGAAGCACAAGGUAUCAGCCAUGCGGAGUUGAUUGAAAAAUUAAGGACAGGUAUUGAAAGCGAGGAGAAUCACCAAUUCAUGCUUCGUCCCGUCAGCGGGCGCGCUGGUUUAGAGUUGGACAAGUCCGGGAAGCACGACCGCCCCGCUGUCAAGACCCGGCUCUUGUUCGACGAGUUGAGCUUUGUCCUGGAUGAUGACCAAUAUCGGGAUGCGCUAAUGCUCGUGGACCUUUUCCAUUACUUCCUUCGUCACCAGGAAUACAAGAAGCUCCAGCCUAAAUGCAGACCAAAGGAGGAUCCCCGAGCUUGGUUUAGAUUCGCCGGAGAGGCAAUUCUCAGCAAAAUUCAUGAUCGAAAUCGGCGCUGGUCUUGGGAUUACAUCAAAGAGCGACGAGACGACCGAAUAGCCUAUAUAAAUCUCUUUAAAAAGAAGAAACGGGACGAACAGUUGACACCGCAGGAAGCCGAGGAGUAUGAAAACCUCCAGCGAAAGCUCAGCUACGAAGAUAUUCGGUUCUGGAGAUCACUUGCUAGAAAUCAAUUGCGCAAGGAGAAAAUCGGUGUCAAGAAGCCUGCCCCACAGCAAACCUGGUCAGAAUGGAUAUGGGGCGCUAAGAAGGAAGAGUCCGAAGAGACUGCGAUGACCGAAGAGCAACGGCAGGAGCUGUAUAAUGCAAUUGACUGGGACGAAAAGAAAGCGAUCGCCGAAAGUGUUGAUGUACCCAGAGAAUGGGUCAAACUCCAGGUCAACUCUGGUCUUCGAGCGGGUAGUUUCACAUUGAGGCGUGAUCCUCAUGGAAAGGGUACCGAGGUCAUGAAGCUCGUGUUUGACAAUCUUCGAGCAAAGGCCCUCCAGCGCCCAGAUUCCUUCUUUUUUGAGGUUGACCUGGGUGGGCUUAGGGUUUACGAUGGGACAACCGAAGGGAGUCUCUUCCCCCAGAUUGUCAGGGUCAAGGACUCGCUCCCCGAGCUGGAGAAUAGUCCGCCAAAAACCGCGGACGAUGAUGAAUUGCAGCCGGAAGACGCCGAUGAUUACACGGAGGAUGAAGACAAUCUGUUCCACUUCCAGCUCGAGAAGAAUCCUCUUGAAAGUGACGCCGACUCAGUAGUGAAGGUCAAGAUGAAGAGUAUCGAAGUCAUCUAUAAUCCUACUUUUAUCGUGGAGAUCGUAAAGUUCUUCGAGCCCCCUGAACGCCACAUGGAGUCGAUCGGUGCUCUCUUGGACUCGGCGGGAGCCACUGUGGAAGAGCUACGCCAGCAGACCCGAGCAGGCUUGGAGUUUGCCUUGGAGGAACACAAGAAGGUUGAUGUUCAAUUUGACAUUCACGCUCCGCUCAUCAUUGUUCCGGAAAGUAUCACACAAGAAAGCUCCCUCUGUUUGAUCCUAGAUGCAGGUCAUAUCAGCGUCAACAGCGAGCUUGUUGAUAGACAGACCAUGAAAGACCUCCAGGCUAAGCAGAAACGCCAGUACGAUGAGAACGACUAUAAAGAACUUGAGCAUCUGUUGUAUGAUCGAUUUCUGCUUAAACUUGAUUCCACCCAGGUCUUGAUUGGACCUGGAAUCGAGAUUACCAAGUCUCAACUUUCUUCCGAGGUCACCACCAAAAACCUGCAUAUCAUCGAUCGCAUCAAUGUUGACUUUGUUCUGGAGAUGUGCAUAGUACCGAAGAGCACUGAACUCACUAGGACUCGAAUUUCGGGUCAUCUUCCAGAGCUGCACGCGUCCAUGUCGGAUACAAAGUACAAGGGCUUGAUGAAACUGAUCGACAUAGCGAUCCCCCAAUUUGACGACGGUGGACGUGAGCCUGAUCGCUUGUCUGCCGAGAAGAAGCCCAGUGAAUCAGCUGCAGCAGGGACUAGAGCUAGAUCAGCUUCCUUUCAGCCCUCGAUCCCAAUUGAAUUACCUGUUGUCGAUGAAGACUCCGAUACUGAAACCGACGACGAGCAAACAAAGAAAAGCCUCGAUAGGCCGACAAACAUUCACCGUCGAGACUUUGAGUUUAAGUUCACUGUUGGCUGUCUUCGAGGCUCCUUGUUUCGUUCAGAUCCAAGUGACCAGAUGCGCGAUCAUCUGCUGGUAGAGUUGGUUGCCGAGGGAUUUGGUUUGGACUUCUACAUGCGGCCGUUUGAUAUGGUGGCAGAAAUCGUCCUGCAGUCUCUGAGUGUCGACGACUAUAUCGAGGAGAAUCCCAUCCCUGAUUUUAAGAGAAUUAUAUCCUCCAAGGGAUUCGACGCAGACGAGGACAAAGACCUCUUCCACCUCAAGUUUGUCCGAGUUAAGCCAGAGUCGCCUGAAUUCCAGUCAACCUACGUAGGCAUCGCGAUGAAUCUCGAUAUGUCGAUAUCAACUAUCAAUCUUGUCGUUACCAGAAAGACACUCUUGACCCUUCUGGAUUUUGUUCUUCUUACCUUCACAAAUCCAGAACAGCCGAACAACCAAGCACUUCCAUCCGAUGAGGCCCCCGAGAACACAGAUUCUGUCGCUCGGAACAACGAACAGACUGGCAAAAUCCGGAUCAAGGCUGACUUGAAGAGUAUUGCCCUCAUCCUGAACAAUGAUGGCGUCAGAUUGGCAACACUGAGUCUCAAUACCGCCGACGUGGGAAUUUUCCUUGUUGGCCGCGCUAUGCUUAUCCAAUCUCGAAUUGGCAGCUUGACUCUGGUCGACGAUGUCAAUACUGGCGCUGCAGAGGAUUCUGACCUUCGGAGGCUUUUGACCAUCGAGGGCGACAAUUUUGCGGAUUUCAAAUACGAGACAUUCGACCCUGAAAGUGCGAACUAUCCCGGCUAUGACUCGGAGGUGUAUUUGAGAUCAGGUUCCAUCAAGAUCAAUUUUCUAGAAGAGCCGUAUCGUAAGAUCAUCAACUUUUUGGUCAAGUUCGGCAAAAUGCAGGCUAUUUUCAACGCUGCUCGCCAGGCCGCGGCGAACCAGGCAAACCAGCUACAGGAAAAUGCAUCUAAAAUGCGAUUUGAUGUCGUUGUCAAAACUCCGAUUCUAGUUUUCCCAGGAAUCGUCACUGCUGAUCGACCUCGUGAUACCAUCACUGCCCACCUUGGAGAGAUAUACGCGAAGAACACAUUCGUGCCUCUGGAUGAGAGUGUGGGCAGUCCCGCCGUCAAUCUGAUAUCUUCGGGCAUACGCAACAUCCGUCUAACCUCAAAAUUCCACUACGGAGAUGGUGUAGCAGAGGAGCUGGAGAUGAUACAGAAGGUCAAUCUGGACUUCAGUAUUUGCUACCUCGAGCAUCAAAAAAAUAACCCGCGCCCAGAUAUGGAGAUCGAAGGAUCCAUGUCGCCGAUAAAUCUUCGAGUAUCGCAAAAACAGUUCAAAUUCUUGCUAGAACUUUCAAAAACCAUACCAGAGGCAUUCGCAACGGAUUCUGAGCAGCAGGAACUCGAGGCUAUUGAAUCCCUUCCUUCGUUCGUAACAGAACCAAGCAAAGAGGCGGAUUCCACAGCUGUCCAAAAGACCAAUGAACAAGACCAGACGACUCAAGAACCGGCUGCAACUGAUGAAAAUUGGGCCAGGCUGGAUAUGAUCUUCAAGAUAGAGAGUGUCGGCUUGGAGCUUAUUCUUGCAAAGGACGACGAGCCUGUUGGUAACUUGGAAGAUUCGAGUCUUUCCAAGUUCGCCCUGAACGACACACGAGUAAAAUUGCGCAUGUUGACCGACGGAUCUUUGGAAUCCGAACUUUUGAUCCAUUCCCUAUCAAUUCGCGACAGCCGCAACAAGGACACAAACAAGUUCAGAAAGAUCAUGUCCUUGAUCAACAAUGACGUUCAGCAGCAAUUCAUGGCCAGCCUGUCCAUGUCACCUGGCCCUGACAAGCAUGUGAUAGCGAUGUUGACAAUUGACAGCCCUCGUAUUAUACUGGCACUGGAUUACUUGGAAGCUCUGCAAUCUUUCCUGAACUCUACGUUCGCUACUGAGGAACCGGUGGAAAUAGAAGAUAUUGACGAGGCAAGCGAAGGCUCUGAGCCAAGAUCUAGUACCAGUGAAAGUCCCGAUGAAUCAGCCGUCGUGUCUUCAACCGGAGUCUCAGCAGGCGCGGGCGGGCAAACGACAAUGUCGUUCAGAGUGAACCUUGUUGAUGCCCAAGUCAUCAUGAUAGCUAAUCCCGCCAUCUCACACACCGAAGCCAUAGUCCUCGGUACAAAGCAAGUGCUCUUUGCGCAUCAAAACGUCUCAACGCUGCAGAUCACCAAAGUGGGUAUGUUCCUGUGCCGUAUGGAUAAGUUCGAGACUAGUAGACUGCGGAUCCUGGACGAUUUUACCCUCGAGAUGUCUAUGGACAGUCGUCCACAAGAUAAAGGCUCAUCCCUCACUUCCAUUGACGUGCACAUUGAGCCAUUGGUGCUGCGCCUCUCUCUGAGGGAUAUCUUGAUGGCGAUACAGAUCGUCAAUAAGGCCUCAGAGAUGAGGGCGCAGAGAACCCAGGAAGUUGAGGGUGGUGAAGCGAAGAAGAUACCAGACGGUAGACGUCCAAGCGCAAAAUCCACUCGCAGGAGAUCUAGUGCCGGGCACUCGUCACUCGCUGCUGCGUCAAAAUCUCAGCGUGUGACGGGAGACACUGGAAAUACGUCCGAAAGGGCACUCGCUUUGCAGCGUUCAGUCGUUUUGAAACGAGAAGAGUUGAAUGCACAGGUAGAUGGCUUGAGAGUGAUCCUCAUUGGAGAUUUGCAUGAUCUUCCAUUGCUCGACUGGAGCGUCAAGAAAUUCAACGUUGAUGUUCGUGAUUGGUCGUCCACGCUGAAUGCCGACACCAGCUUUGAUACUUUUAUCAAUGUCUACAACUUCUCCAAAUCAGCUUGGGAACCACUUAUUGAACCCUGGCAACUGGGAUUCCAUGUCGCCAAAGAGGUUGACCCAGAAUUCUUCUCAAUUGAUGCAUAUUCUAACAAGAAUAUGGAGCUCACUGUGACUUCAGCCACGAUUGCAUUGGCAUCCAAAUCAUUCCAAUUCCUCUCCACUGAGGAAGAUGUCCUCUCGAAACCGAGAGGAGCUGAUGCACCCUAUCGGAUUCGCAACUAUACUGGGUUCGAUCUUCGUGUCUGGGCAGACGUGAGCACUGGAGAAGAAGGUUCAGCUGCAAAGCUCAGUGACGGGGAAGAAUAUCCUUGGAGAUUCGAGGAUUCUACUGCAGUGCGUGAAACGCUGGCUCCUGAAGGGCACGCUGGCCUUGUUGGGGUCAAGCUUGAAGGAAGCGGCUUUGAAAGCGUAAAUCGCAUCCCUGUUGCUCGCGAGGGCGAGUUCCUGUACAGCCUCAAGCCCAAGGCAGAUGGCAUUCUCCACAGACUCCUCGUUGAAGUGAAGCUGGGGACUGACAACGUCAAAUAUAUCACUUUCCGCUCACCACUGCUUAUUGAGAACAACACCCAAAUCCCGGUCGAACUAGGUAUCUUCAACCGUAAGGAGGGGCAUCUGCUCAAGAUCGAGAAAAUCCUUCCUGGCGACGCUCGACCGGCUCCAGUGGGCGCUGCAUAUAUGCACUCGAUCGUCAUUCGUCCGGAUCAGGGCUUUGGGUACGAAUGGUCAACCGAGCCACUGUACUGGAAAGAGCUUCUGCGACGACCAACUCGAACGAUCAAAUGUGUCAGUGAAAGUGGACAACAAGCCCCUCCUUUCUAUUUCCAGAUGAACGCUACCUACAACUCCAAGGACUCCCUGACCGGUGUAUAUCCUUAUAUGCGGGUACGGAUCUUUGCUCCUGUCGAGAUCCAAAACCUUCUACCAUAUGACUUCAAAUACCGUAUAUACGAUAAGGACACAAGAAAGGACUGGACCAACUUUCUGCGCAAGGGUGGCGUCAGUCCGGUCCACGUUGUUGAGCUGUCUCAUCUGCUACUCCUGAGUAUCGACCUGGAGGACACCGUCUUCAAACAAAGCGAUUUCGCCAUUAUCAACGGCAACGCCCAAGACUUCAGGAGAGAGCAUACACUUUCACUAAAAGAUGAACGUGGCAUUCCCUUGCGACUGAAGCUCCAUUAUUUCAACAUCCCAGAUAGCGGCGGCGCUUUCAAAGUGUCGAUUUACAGCCCUUAUCUCAUCUUGAAUAUGACGGGAUUACCCAUGGAGAUACAAAGCAAGGCCUUUUUACAGUCAGCACGCUCAGCAGCUGGCGAGGGACUUAGACCCGACCCGCGAAAUGGAGGACGGGCACUUCCAUACAUGUAUGCUUAUCAGUCAGAAGACCCGAAGAACCGAUCUAUUCUUAAGAUAGGUGAUUCUGCCUGGAGCAAACCGCAGAGUUUUGAGGCUCUCGGAAGCACAUUUGAGGUCAUUUUUCCCGACAGACAAGGUAAAUCCGAGUUCCACGCCGGAGUAUCUGUCGCGGAGGGUGAGGGCAAGUACAAGAUGACCAAGGUCGUUACCAUUGCCCCUCGCUUCAUUCUGAAAAAUAAACUCGGCGAAGAUAUCUUGGUCCGAGAACCUGGCUCAUCGAAUGUACUCACCAUCAAGGGCGGCGAUCUGGUUCCCCUUCAUUUCCUUCGCCAGGUUGCAGAGAAACAGCUCUGUCUCUGCUUCCCAGGCGUGAACAACCAGUGGUCUUCGCCUUUCAACAUUGCAGACCUUGGAACUGUACAUGUGAAGCUUGCCAAGGCAAAUCAACGUCAAAGGCUGGCCAAGGUCGAUGUUGUAUUAGAGGGUGCUACGCUUUUCAUUCAUUUCAGCAUGGAGACUCGCAACUGGCCCUUCUCGAUGCGGAAUGAGAGCGACUCGGAAUUCAUUUUCUACCAGGCCAAUCCAAAUGUGGAAGAUGACGAGGAUGACAGAACCAGCGGCUGGCGACCAAUUCGCUACCGUCUUCCUCCCCGGAGCAUCAUGCCUUAUGCUUGGGAUUAUCCGGCCACGAAGAACAAGUCUCUCGUGCUGACAUGCAAUGGAAAAGAGAGGCACAUCAGGCUCGCCGAAAUAGGAAACUUGAUACCGAUGAGAAUACCGCCAGCACGGGCUGGAGAAACACAGAAGAUCAUCGACAUCAACAUUGCCGCCGAUGGGCCCACUCAAACCCUUGUCUUGUCCAACUUUAAGGCAUCCCGAAGCCUUUACAAGCAGCAGAAGGUUCAAACCUCUCAGGCCAGCCUGGCAGCCGGCUUCGAAGUCAAGGAGCUGGACUCCGAUGUCAAUUUCAAGGCUCAGCUUCGCCUGGCUGGUAUCGGAAUCUCGUUGAUCAAUAAGAAUUUGAAAGAGCUGCUCUACCUCACCUUCCGCGAAAUUGAGAUCAAAUACAGAGAGUCCAGAGUGUAUCAGACCUUGAACACUACUAUCAAGUGGAUCCAGAUUGACAACCAACUAUACGGUGGUAUCUUCCCUAUCCUGCUGUAUCCCAGUGUGGUACCGAAGACUGGAAAGGAGAUGGAAGCUCACCCUAUAUUCCAUGCCAUGGUGACACGCGUCAAAGACGACUCUUACGGUGUUCUCUACAUCAAAUAUGCUACGGUUCUUCUACAGCAGAUGACACUGGAGCUUGAUGAGGACUUCAUUUUCGCCAUGCUCGACUUUGCCAAGGUCCCUGGCGCUUCGUGGUCCGAGGAGCAGGAAGGGAGACUCUGCGAUGAAGAUCUGAAUAUUCCAGAACCGCAGAACGAGAGUGCCAGUCAAGAUGUGUACUUUGAGCUUCUUCAUUUGCAGCCCAUGCAGCUCGACAUUUCCUUCAUGCGGACGGAACGAGUGAAUGCCGAGGACACCAUGCAACCUUCGAAUCCUUUCAUGUUCUUUGUGAAUGUCAUGACUAUGUCGAUGGGCAAUAUCAACGAUGCACCAGUGCGACUCAAUGCCUUGAUGCUGGAAAACGCGCGUGUCUCGUUUGGAGUGCUUCUCAACAAUAUCCAAAGACAUUACACUCAAGAAUUCCUGCGCCAAGUUCAUGUUAUUCUUGGAUCAGCCGAUUUCUUGGGUAACCCCGUCGGUCUGUUCAACAAUGUCAGCUCUGGUGUCGCCGCUAUUUUCUACGAGCCGUACCAGGGUCUGGUCAUGACCGAUCGGCCCCAAGAACUGGGUUAUGGGAUUGCCAAGGGUGCUACAAGCUUUGUGAAGAAAUCUGUGUUCGGCUUCUCCGACAGCAUGGCCAAAUUCACUGGAAGCAUGUCCAAGGGACUUGCUGUUGCCACGUUAGAUAAGGAAUUCCAGGAUCAGCGGCGGAUGUCAAAAUCUCGAAAUCGGCCCAAGCAUGCGCUGUACGGUAUCACUGCCGGUGGCAACGCGUUCGCGACCAGCUUGGCGAGCGGAAUCGGAGGACUAGCCCGUCACCCACUGCAGGGUGCAGAAAAAGAAGGUCUUCAAGGUUUCCUCAAGGGAGUCGGCAAGGGUGUCCUUGGCCUUGCCACCAAGCCGGCUAUAGGUGCCUUUGAUCUCGCUUCAAACCUCGCUGAGGGCGUACGAAACACAACGACAGUAUUCGACGCUGAAGGUCUCGACAGGGUUCGCCUUACUCGUUUCAUCGCGACGGAUGGAAUCGUGCGUCCAUACUCACAACGCGAGGCUUUGGGACAAUUCUGGCUCAAAACAGCCGAUGACGGAAAGUACUUCAAUGAGGACUACAUCGCGCACCUGGAGCUCCCGGGUAGAGACAUGCUGGUCAUGUUGACGUACGACCGGAUCAUGCUCGUGCGCACGAAGCGACUUCGCACGGAAUGGGACAUUCGGUUGACCGACAUUCAAACCAUCUCUAAGGAGAGGACUGGCAUGAGCAUCACGCUCAAGGGUGGUGCGAACGGACCGUUCAUCCCGGUGCAGGACGAGAGCGCGAGGAAUUGGCUAUACCGUCAGAUCGCCAUUGCCGUCAAUGCAUUCAACGAAAAGUACAACGUGAGAGGUUAG